UCCAAUCUACCCACAUUGCAUCGCGUGUUGCUGCGAUCGCGCAUCUGUUGAUCAUCAGAUUUGGUCGGUGGUUCUCGUUAUCCAGACGGGAUGGUGGCAGUGAAGGGCCCCGCGGCGACGGAGGACCAGAAAGCGUCUGAAAAGACGACGAAGCGCGUGACGUCGGCGGAGAUGGCGCGGCACUGCGGCGAGGGAGACGUGUGGGUGGCCGUGCAGGGGAAGGUCUACGACGUUACGGCCUGGCUGCCGCACCACCCGGGCGGGGACCUCCCGCUGCUCAGCCUGGCCGGGCAGGACGUCACCGACGCCUUCGUUGCCUACCACCCGGCCUCAGCGUGGCGGGUGCUCGACCGCUACCGCGUCGCCACGCUCUCCGACUACGCCGUGUCUGAGGUCUCCCGCGACUACCGCCGCCUCGUCGCCGAGUUCGCCAAGGCGGGCCUCUUUGACCGCAAGGGCCACGGCUGCGCCGCCUCGCUCUGCGCCAUGGCAGCACUGCUGGCUGGUGCCAUUUGGCUCGUACUCGCCACCACGAACGUGGCUGCGCACAUGGCGGCCGCCAUCAUGCUGGGCUUCCUGUGGAUGCAGUCAGGCUUCCUCGGCCACGACUCGGGCCACUACGGACAACCAAACGCACCCUACAUGGUGAUGCGGAGCGGGCUCCUGAACCGCGUCGUGCAGCUAGUGGCGGGCAACUGCGUCGCUGGCAUCAGCAUCGGGUGGUGGAAACGCAACCAUAACGCGCACCACAUCGCGUGCAACAGCCUCGACCACGACCCGGACGUGCAGCACAUGCCGCUCUUCGCCGUGUCGCCGCGCCUCUUCGCCUCCAUCACCUCUGCCUUCUACCGCCGGGCCAUGCGCUUCGACGCCGCGGCGCGCUUCCUCGUCAGCUACCAGCACUGGACCUUCUACCCGGUCAUGUGCGUGGCGCGCGUCAACCUCUUCGCGCAGUCGCUGUUGCUGCUCCUCGCCGCCGACACCCGGACGCGCGUGCCUGGGCGGCUCGCGGAGCUCGCGGGCGUCGCCGUGUUCUGGGUGUGGUACCCGUGGCUGGUGUCCCGGCUGCCCGGCGGCGUCCACGAGCACGCCGCCUUCGUGCUGCUCAGCUUCGCCGUCACGGGGAUCCAGCACGUGCAGUUCUGCCUCAACCACUUCUCGGCGGGGACGUACACGUACGUGGGGCGGCCCCGCGGCGACGACUGGUUCCAGAAACAGACACGGGGCACGCUGGAUGUGGCGUGCCCGCCGUGGAUGGACUGGUUCCACGGCGGGCUGCAGUUCCAGGUGGAGCACCACCUGUUCCCACGGCUGCCGCGGUGCCACCUCCGGCGCGUGGCGCCCCUGGUGCGCGACCUCUGCCGCAAGCACGGACUGCCCUACGAGCGCUGCGGCUUCUGGUGUUAGAAAGUUAGCUAUUUUUAGUUUUAAUUUAAUCCAGAAAACAGUGCGAUAUAUGUGAU